CAGUGCAGAACGGGCGUGGUCUGAACCUUAUCUAAAAACAACCACACAAUAACAACAGCCGACCCCAAGUGAACCACCACAGUUUCAACAACUAUCUGAAAACCAUAGGUGCUUAAUCACUGUAAACCCUUACGAUAACACAGCGCGAGUGACAGCGACGGAGCGAGCAUGUCUGCACACGAUAACCAGGAGAGAAGUGUUUUGUGUGGACUGAAGGCUGAGGCAGAAGAGGAAAAUCCAGAAAUGAUGGACAAUGACAGCAUACCUCUGACGAUGCCCAGAGGCUCCAGUCCGCUGAGCGACAGCAUGAUGUCUGAGGUGGAUAAUGAAGGUCUUAUCAACGAAUUCACUCAUGAAAUGACAUGUGAGGCGGAGAGCAACAUCUCAUCUGAAAUCUACGGCGCUGAUCUGCAGAGAACUCUGGGGGAGAUUCUUGCAUACUGUCAGAUUACAUAUGGAGCCAUUUUGAAACUAGAUGAGAAGUUUGAGAUGCUUCAGGCGAAAGUAGCCAGCAUCCAGAACCCGACUGUUCCUGCUCAGAGGGUGUAUUUGUCCUCCAGCAGCUCUCAGGCCAAGAGUGACUCUGUGAUAAACACGGACACCCCUAUGCCUCACCUGGUCCACAUCUCCUCCACUCCUCCUCUUCCCUCCACUGAGAGCAGGAAACCUCCAACACUUUCUCCAGGCCCAGAAGUGCCCAGUCCUCCACCACUGCUCCACCAGUCCAACAUCUCCGCCGCUCCAGAUCCACUGCAGAGGAAGAAAAUGAGUCUGAUUCAACAGCAUCUGCAGCGAGUCAAGAGCCGAGAUGAAGAAAACCCAGAGAUCAGAGGCUCGGAUUCAGCUGCACAUCUAGACAAUACAAGUUGUCUGGGGAGCUCUGAAAGAAAGGUGUUCAUCUCCAGCUUUAUUCUGCAGCGGGCGGGUAAAAUGGCACGGCCGAGUGCUGCGGUGCGCUAUCUCUCUCGAAACAUCUUCACCACGAAGGAGCUUUCUCAAAGCAGCACCACUGGAAACCCCAGCAGAUGCCUCCUGAGACUCGACACAAACAAGGUCGACGCCAUCAGAGAGUGGGCGGUAAAGCGAUACCCAAAGUUCGAUCUUCGUGAGAGUGGCAAAGACUGGAAAGUGUGUCUGUCUGUUAUCAACUCAACCGCACGCUACUAUCGGUUCAUGGACAAGACACGCAGGCUGAAGAUGAGAGAAAAUGCCCUCUCAGACAUGCGAUCUCAGGUGUGGUCAGAACCGGCGGCUGUAUCAUCUGCGUGCGCAGCGACCGCAGAGAUCGAUGUUGAGUUGUCUGACAGCGACGGCGAACACAAACAACCCAAACUGCUGGUCAGUCGUGUGACCCAAGACUACGACACUCCUGCAGAGUGGGACGCCGACAGCGUGUAUCUGGGUCCGCCUCAUCGGGGAGUGAAGGUUCCAGAGUUUGCCCUGUCUGCAGCACAUCUGCGCACACGUCCUGAACUCGUGGCUCGAUACCUCAUCAGAUUCAUCUUCCCCGAGGACGUUCUGGUGCACAGUAAUGUUUACGGUGGAGUGCGGCGCGGCAUUCACGCUCUCGAUCACAACAAGAUCUCUGCACUGCGAGAGCACCUGUCGGAGCGUUUUCCCUGGAUGAAGCUGCAGGAAGAUGGAAGUGACUGGAAGGUUUGUGUGGGCUCUAUAAACAGCGCCAUACGCAAGUUUCGAUACGAACGAAAGAUGGGCAAAAAAAAGGGGAUGCGCUAGCCUUGAGUACGCUAGCACAUCCAUUACAGACCUGGAGGUGAAAUCUUCAUUUGCAGAAGUGUUUGUACAAUGAGUGAGUCGAGAAAUUCUGCUGGUUUCGGGAACACUUUAGUUUAGCUCACUAUUCAUGCUAAUAACUGCUGGCGUUUCAUCUACCUGUUAUUAAGAUAUAAACUGUUCAUUAGCAGUAAUAAACUAGGAUCUUAUUCUACAUCUCUAAUCCUACACCAAUCCUAAACCCAACUAGCUAUUAAUAAACAGCGUUUAUUAAGCUAGCAGCGUUAGUUAAUGGAUUAAUACGAUGGAUUGUGUCCUAAACUCAAGUGUUACCGUUGUUUUUGUCCACAAUGCGUGUCGUAUUAUUUGAUUGUAUGAUUUAUAAUUCAUUAAUUGAAUAUUUGUAACUUGCAACAGACGAAUCAAAGCAAAAAAAGUCUUUAUUAGGCAAAAUGAUUAGGCAGUAGACAUCAGUAGACAUCAGUAUUCAGGAUGUUUAAA